AUGAAGGAAUUAGACAAAAGAAGACAGUUUCCAACGAAUACAAUUUCAGCCAAAUUAAAAUGUCGCGUAAAAGUAUUAGAAUACAAAAGUAAGCACCGCUCAUUAAAAGGUAAAUCUGGCAGUGACAUAGCUAACAGCGGUCAAUCAAUCGUAAGCAGUGCUUUGAUUCAGCAAAUAGAGCAAAAAGAGCUAAUCGAUGUCUACGUUCCUUUGCCUUCCGAGCAGUUGCACAGUGCAUUGUUAAGUCGAGGCAUGGCUGUCCGAGCACUGGCAGUGUUGUGA